CGUUAAAUAUAGUAAUUCCGUCGUCUGCACCGGAGUAGAAACAAGUUGAUUUACUAGAUCGAAUAUCGUUACGAGUUGAAGCGUAUUCGGCAUAAUAUUAUCGCGCGUAAUACAAUCCGAGAUAUUUAUCGUCAUUCAAUGAAUUUAGAAUACUUCCUUCCGCGUACAUAAUUUAAGUACAUAUUUGCGUACGAGAUGAGAUGUGGUUGAUUAAAUCGGUGAAAAAAAGGGGAAAUGAAAAAAACCCCACUCGCUUCGAUUGGGAGAAUAAGGAUGAAAAAAUUCGUGCGAGGACACCGAAUGCGCUCGCCGAUCCGGGUAUAGCCUUGGCUUCGCCGUGUUUUCGGCAACACUUCAACACCGUGGUAUUUAAAUUUGCUUAUGCGACGACGACGUAUCGGUAGGUCUGACAGUUGGCGACAAACGGAGUUUAAAUGAUUCGACGUCAAACUGGUUUAUUGGGAGCGAGUGAGCGAGUGCCGAGUGACUCAAUGAUACGCUUUUUUUUUUUUCCUCUCUUUCGAUUCAAUCUUUUUUUCCAUACUUCGCGGCUAAGAACCGCUCGUAUACGCCGCCUCGCGAUCCCGCGUUCGGUUCAACAAUAUUAGUUGAAAUCCGUGCGAAAGCCGGAAGAAUUGGUCCAUCAUCGUUUGGGUUAUCCUCAUUUCAAAGAUCGCGAAAGAUCGGCAGUCCAGAUCGGGCCGAGGUCCGUGAAGCCUCGCGUGUCUCGACGCUCGUUCGUAUUGUGCAAACCGUUUGUUUUAUUAUUUUUUAUUAUUUGUUUUUUUUUUAACGUCGACUCGAUUCGUCGGGACGUCGAUAAAAAUUUCCUUUUCUUCGUGCGACGUUGUUGUUUCAACGAUAAAAAAAUAAAAAAAUAAAAUAAAAUAAACACAAUGAAGCAAAACACGCUGCAAGUUCCUAUCGCGAGGGAAUUAAUUAUUCCGACGCUUACCAUAAAUGGCGAACAAUCCGCGUCGAUGAUGAGACUCAACCGUCCGUCGGUCGACAUAGAAUUUGUUAACAUAACUUACACGGUGCAGAGCGGUUUUCGCCAGCGUAGAAAACAAAUCCUACGCAGUGUUUCCGGUUACUUCAAGUCCGGCGAACUGACCGCCAUAAUGGGACCCUCCGGUGCCGGCAAAACGUCGUUGUUCCACAUUCUCACCGGAUUUCGUCGUAGGAACGUGGCCGGCAGCAUCCGUUACGUGGGGAUCGACGGCAGGUCCGCCGGUUCCGAGGAGUACAGAAGAGCGCUUCGCUACAUCCACCAGGAGGACAAAUUGUACCCGACGUUCACGGUGAACGAGAUGAUGUGGCUGGCGGCCGAGCUCAAGCUCGGUCCCGACUACACGUUCGACGAGAAAAGUGAACUGAUCGAAAAAACCCUGAAGACGUUCAACAUCGCCAGGGUACGCGACGUGCGCUGCGACAUGCUCAGCGGUGGUCAGAGAAAACGUCUCUGCAUCGCCGUCGAACUCGUGGACAACCCUCGCGUGGUAUUCCUCGACGAACCGACCACCGGACUGGACUCUUCGUUGUCCGCGGAGUGCAUCGCGACCCUGAAAAUCCUCGCCAAAGACGGACGGACGGUAGUCUGCGUUAUCCAUCAGCCAAGCGCGGCGAUUUACGAGGCGUUCGACCAGGUGUACUUUUUGGCCGAGGGAAGAUGCGUCUAUCAAGGCCUACCCCAGGAGACGGUCUCCUACUUCAAGGACUUCGGAUUGUGUUGUCCGCUCUAUCACAACCCGGCCGACUACGUCACCGAAGUGAUCAGCAACGAGUACGGAUACUUCAUCGACGUACUGGAGAACGCGGCGAGCCUCAAUCGCACGUGGACCUGCCAUCCCGCCGCGGACGAGAGCAAAUGCGAGAGAAACAGGAGGAGAAAGAGGGCGAUCUCGCUCCCGGGGGAAACUACCAAGUGGAUGUUCGAACUUCACAAAUACCGAAUUCUACUGAAACGCUCGAUGACCCAACUGAUACGGGACUGGAGCGCGGUCCAGAUGAAAAUCGCCCUGCACGUGCUACUCGGUAUCCUUCUCGGGACGAUGUUCCUCGACAGCGGUAACGACGGUUCGAAGAGCCUCGACAACGUCAGGUUCAUACUUUGCAGUUCGGUUUUCCUAAGUUACACAACUCUAAUGCCGGCCGUACUACGUUUUCCCCUCGAGCUACCCGUACUCCAGAAAGAACAUUUCAACAACUGGUAUUACUUGAGGACAUACUUCGCCGCCGUCAGUUCGAUCAAUAUUCCAUUCCAGGUGAUACUCACUACCAUCUACUGCGGGAUAAGCUACGUCCUCACCGGUCAACCGAUAGAGUGGGACAGGUUCCUCAUGUUCCUUCUGGUCGGCACCCUGACCGGUCUAACGGCGGAGUCCAUCGGCCUCCUCUUCGGGACGCUGCUCAAUCCGAUAAACGGAACGUUCAUAGGGGCGGCGACAAUGGCGGUGAUGAUUUCGCUCGCCGGUUUCAUACCGCUCUACAAACACAUGCCCGGAUUCAUGUACAACCUGACCUACCUGAGCUUCCUCAGGUAUUCGGUGGAGGCGUUGAUCGUGGCGAUGUACGGAUUCGACAGAGGCAAACUCGACUGUCCCCGCGAAAACGACUAUUGUCAUUACCGGUACCCCCAGUCCAUCUUGGAGGAACUGUCCAUGAAGGAGAGCCGGUUUUGGCCGAACGUCGGAGCCCUAACGAUAUACUUUAUUGUUUUUAGACUGCUGUCGUGUUGGACCUUGAAAAGACGGUUGUCCAGUGCGUGAAGACCACCCAAUCUAUAUUUAACGUUAUCUUAUCGAAAAAGACUUGUUUCUGUUGUUGCUUAUUUUUAGAUUAAUGGGAACUAUUCGAUUUUAAUAUUCCCCGUAAUUAUACGAAUAAUAAACGAGUUAACUUAAUACAA